AAACAUAGAGCAGCCAGCUAAAGAUGUACGCGCGCGUUGACAUAAUGCUGUCGUUUGCAUAUGAGCAACAAAUUAGUCCCGCGCUUACUCAUAGUGCUGCAUUUUCAGCAGUGAGUGUCUCGCUAGUGAAAUGGCAACGGACAAAAAUAACAAGAAGAAAUAAAACAAACGGCGAAAAGUGUGCAUUUCGAGUUCAGAAUUGCAAGCGAAUUGCAAACGACACCCCAUGAGCCAUUUGUUGAUGAGAGAGAAAAAAAACUGCUACUGCUUUUUUCUCCUCGGUUUCUUCUUUAUUCGAUUCAUCUGCCAUAUUUAAAGUGAGUGUGUGUGUUUGUGCCUGUGUGUACGUGCAUGUGUAUUGAAAAAGAGGCGCACAAACUAACCACAGAGUGAGUGUGAGCCUCACUCAGCCGACGUCACACAUAAAACGAAAAUACAAACAAACAUCGCACCACACAAAGUAGUCAAAACAACACACGAACAAUUAACCAUUUAAAUUAGGUUUUUGCGCCAAUUUUCUCUUAUCGCAUUGGUCAAUUUUCGACUGCCGCACACCAUAGACACACCAAUUAUUGCCACCGAUUUACAAUGACGCCAAAAAUUUCACUUUGAUGCCACUCGGCUCUCGGCCAUAAACUCGGAGAUGAGAUUUUUGCACUCAUCAGUCGCAUUUGGAGUGUUAAACGAAGUGGUGCACAGCAGACAUUGUACAAAAAUUCAUAGCAGUGAAAUAAAUUUGCCAUCAACCAGCAGAUGAAAAAGAUUGCAUUUUGUAUGGUGACUUGCACAAAGUAUCACCAUAUCGUCAGCUACCAUUGUACAUUUUAACGUCUCCAAACGGAACAAAUUGACUUUCUGGGAAAUUUCAUCAGAAUAAAAACGGAAAUAAACCAACCAAAAAAAAAACCACGUAAAGACCAUAAAAUCAGAAGCGGAACAACGGAGAGAAGAAUUGCGAGUGCAACGUGGACGCGAAUCGAUUUCGUCGACGAACCGUGCAGCCAAAUCGAACAAAGAUCAGAACAUCCCGUGUGACAACCAGACGACGAAGAAGAAACAAUCAGUUAUCAUGACAUUCCCAUCGGGUGGCUCUGUGUUUGACGAGGAAUUGCAAUGUGUAAAACACUAUUUCGAAAAGUGGUCGCAUUGCGAACGAGCCAUUGCCGUUUGUUCAAUGCUCAAGCAAUUCCAGUAUCCGACAUUGCGAUUCAUCCAUUCGAAAAUCGAAGCGACAUAUGCCCAAAGCAUCGACUGUGACAAAAACAAACGAAUGGAACAACAGUCAAACGACAAAUCGUACAUAUACGAACUCUGUGAUUCAUACAAAUCGUUGACAAACAUAAAUAGUGAUGUGCAAUUAAACAAUAACAACAAGGAUUCAAUUUAUUACGAAUCGGAUAGAUUAAUUAUCGGUGACAACAAUUCAACCAAUUCAAUAAAUAGUAAUACGAUCAAUAAUAACAAUAACAAUAAUAACUAUAGUAAUAACAAUGCGAACAGCACUAGCAUAAAGGUAAAUUUAGUAGCCGAUAAAUUCAGUACAAAGGAGGAAAUUCUGAAGGAGAUCCUCAACUGUAUUCUCAUGCUGAAAAUUGGCAACGACGAUGUGAUCCAAGAGUAUUUAGCAUUAAUACCAUUCAUGGUAAACGACACCGAACGUCGCAUUAUCAAUGUCCAAGUUGUGAUGCAAACACUGUCGAUUCUGGUCGCCCAUCCAGCUCUAUCAUCCGACGAUUUACGGACGGUAAAAGAGCACAUUGAGCGGUUGAAAAAGAUAAUUCAGGAACAAAAUGGUCAACUUCAGAACGCCGAUUGGCAAGCUGUCGUUCGGCCAAUGUAUUCAUCCUAUUAUAAAAACCCAGCCAACAAUAUAUUCUCAUCAUUGUCGUCAGUCGGAUCGUCACAAAUUCACAACGAGAACAUUUAUGACACUCAAAGUGAUUACAUCGAAACAGACAGUGGCAGUGCCGGCCGUAGCAGUGGUGGCGGCAGUGAUUUCAUUCCAUACCUUAAUCUCUCAAACAAACCGUAUCCAAGUGAUGAUAUAUUCUUAAUUAAUGCAUCCGACGAUCAGAACAAUUCCUUCUCGAAAAAUGGUACUGAAAUCCCUGACUAUCCAGAAUAUCAUGAAUUCAAUUCCGAUCAGCCGAUGCAUCAAAAAGUGCAAAAUGCCUGCCAAUUUGCCACAAAUUUGACCCAUAAGCUGAAUCCACUGAUUGACAGCAUGUUGAAAACUCGUCGUUCAAACAGUCUAACCACCGGAGGUCUGAAGCACAACGAUGCAUUCUUGGGUCUAUCUGGAUUUACAUCGUCAACGGAAAAUCUGUUGCAUUUACACAAACCACGCAGUUGCUCGUUGUCCAUCGAAAAUCCACGUUUGCUGAUGACAGCCAGCGGUUCAGAGACUCGACUGGACGAUUUAAAGCCUACAUAUCAAGCGUUCCAAACACAAAAUAUCGGCAUGAAAUACGUUUAUCCAUGGUUGAAACGGUUACGAUUGCACAAGUACUAUACACAUUUUGAAAAUUUCACCUACGAACAAAUGAUGGAUGUCACCGAUGAAUUUUUGAACCAAUUGGGUGUAACACAAGGGGCACGAACCAAGCUCGUCAACUCCAUUCAGAAACUAAAAGAGCGUUUCACCCGAUUGACACAAACUGAACAAGAAUUGAAAAGUGGCAAAACUACGCCGGACACAGCAAUCAAAUUGCUACACGAAAUCGUUGAAACUCCCAUGAAACCCAUUGAGAUUUAUGAUACAACCGACGUGACGGUACAGUUUUUGAAUCUGCUAACUGUUGUGUGCAAGAUUAUGGUCAGCAAACAAAUCGGACCACAAGACGAGGAAUCGAUUAAACAAUUGAUUCAAAUCUUCGAUAUUGCUCAGUUGGAAAAUGUGGAACCAUUCCUACAGCAUGCUAACCAACUCAAGGACCUUCGAUACGAUAUCGAUGUAAUUAGAAUGAAAUUCCCACCCAAGAGCCAAUAUCAUAAAAGUGGCAGCGGUUCGGCCAACGGAAGUUUGAGCAAACCAAGAUGGUCGUCAGCUACAAAAUUGCAUAACAAAAAUGGAAGCGAAACCAAACCACAUCGAAAAAAUUCAAAUCCAAUGUCGAAUUUCAACUUUGUUUCCAUGCAACAGGUGCAAAAGCAGCCGAAAUCUGCACAGCAUCUUGGUUCAAAGUCGAAGCCAACACAGCAACGAUCGUCUCGACAAUCCGAAUUUAAUAACAAUUACCAUCCGACGCCUACGAGCAGUUAUAGCAAAUCGUCGUCUUAUCCGAACUUUGGUAGCAAUGGCAGCAGCGCAGCCAGUUCCAAUGGGGGUGGUCAGCAGUAUGCCAAUGUUGGCAAUCAAAACGCAACGCCACAGUUACAUCAUUCGUACCAUCGGCAUUCGGUGAGCAAUUUGAUAACGAUCACACCGGCCAAGACAACAGUAACGAUAACACCAACAGCUCCGAUCACUCAGCAUCAAAAGACAUCCAGUUGCAUUGGUUUACAUUUGUCGUCUCAAUCUACACCGCACUCCAGCCUGAGCAAUAGCUCAAGCAACAGUACUACAACACCAAUCACGUCAUCUUCCCUUGUACCGACAAUGCACUAUUGUCCGCAUCAAUGUUCCGCAGAAUUGACUCCGGUGAGUACGAUUGGUCGGUCAAGUUCGACUGGCGGCGGUAGCUAUCCGAAACAAGCGGCUAGCAAACAUUUACUCGGUGAUAUUAGUCCGUACAGAGAUUUAGAAUUUCUUAGUUUGCAAAUGACCGAACAAGCAAUCAAUUGAAUUGCCGCCACACCACUGUUACGUUCUAGUUAAGGGGAUAGAAAAACGAGAGAAUUCAAUUCGAUUCAAUUUUCAAUUAAAUGAUUUCGUAUCGCAAACAGAAUGUUGAAUGUUUUGUGCAUACGCAAAGAAUACACGAAUGGAUCACACAUCAGCCAGAUGAUCACAUUCUUUCGUAUGCUUAGAAAUUGUAUAUAGACAUGCAUCAUGCGAACAAUUUAACCAAAAAAAAAAAAACAAAACAAACUGUUAAUGAAGAACAAUAACGAUUUUCAAAAUGCGCAUUCAACCUGAGCACCGUUUGAAUCAUUUCACCAAACACUUAAUCCAUAGAAGGAGAACCACUGGUUCUUCUCAAGUUAAAAUUGCUAAGCACUAUUUAUGCAUGUGACAUAUUUUAUUUAAAAGAAAAGAAAAAAAGUUGUUUGAACACAUUUGGACGCGUCAACCUUCGAGUGAUUAGAGAAGAAAAAAAAAAACAUUUGAACAAAAUUCAUCGAUUUACGAACUAAGACCUUAAUACAACUACAACAAACAAAUUGUUUAUAUUUCAGCUAUUUUUUACCUUACAACUAUUAACUAUUAUGUGUUUUUGUUAAUUCAUUGAUAAGUUACAGUGUAGACAUACUCAUUCUUCUGUUUUGUUUAUCUCCAGAAAUAGGAUUUUAUUGUUUAAAAAGCAGAACAUUUCGAGCGGCAACAGCCAAAUGCUCAGUUUGAUUGUUUAUAAUAUUUGUCGGUUUUGAUUCAAGUGACAUUGAUGUUGUAUUAAAAUUCCUAGCAUUGUGUUCAUCGUAUAAAAUACCAAAAAAAAACAUGAAAAAACAAGGAAGAAAUGGUAAGAUGUUGAACAUUUUAACAUGACAAAAAAAAAUUGUAUAAAACGAAACAGUUGUGCGUUGCACUUGACGACAUACAUAUGCAUUCAAUGCAAAUUUGUAUGAUUUUUUGAAGAAAAAAAAGAAAAUAAAUGGCAUAACAAA